UCCCAUUCCCCUCUAGCUGGGCGAGGGAGGGCUUCUGUACCUCUGGGUUUCCCAGAUGCCUACGGAGUGCAGGCACUGCUCCAAGAGUCAUUUAAUCCUCUCAUUAACCUCAUGAAGUAAGGUACAAUUAUUGUCCCCAUGUUACAGAUAAGGAAAUUGAGGCAUACAGAAAUUGAAGUACCUUGCUGGAAGUUACAGAGCUAGUGAGUGGUAGCUUUUAUUUUGUGGUUCUGAAGAUAAAGGUUGGUAUUUGAAUAAAAUAGUUGUUAAUUAUUUGUUGGUAAAUGUAUUGACAAAUUCUGUGUAUCUAUGUGUGUGAACUUGUGAUUUGAGCCAAUUUCCAUGAAUAUUGUUGCCUGAAGACCAAGUUUUGGCAGGACUAGAUUUUCUCUGUUUUGUGGUUGAACUGAGGCUGCCUAGGCCCUCCUGCUGAUUCCUUUGUGCAUUGGCAAAGGCUCCAGGAAGUAAACAGCCCAGUGCCACAAAGCAAAGCAGCGGGAAGAAGAGCUAUUCUGGAAUAGCUCUGGAAUACCUUCACAAUCUGCUUCCUUCUGAAUGAAAUGAUUUCUGUAUAUUGAAGGAGGUAGAAAAUAAAGGCGAAUUAUUCCUGGAUCAGAAAUUGAUUAUAGGAGGAAAUAGCAUUGUCAAAAGAACUUCAGAUGGUUAGGGCAACAGUAGGUGGCCAGAGCUGUUAGGACUGGAAAGUUAGAGGCAUAAAAAGGAGCAAAUCAGGUUUGCUGCUGCUGCAACAAGCUGUGACCACUUGAGAGAAUAACGAUUUUGUGAGGAUACAGUAUCCAUAGAGCAGUAAGGUGAUCCAAAUAACUGAAGUAUGAGGAAAAAUGGAGAAAAGGAUAAGUAAGCAACUUUCCACAUUAUGGUGGAGGAACCCAUUGGAUGGAAUCUGGAUAAGGGUAACUUAAGGCUCUAACCUUGUAGAGAUAGUAGCCUCUUGGCCUCUCUGAAAGAUAUUUGGGGGCUCUCUCUGAAACUUUUAUCUCAUCCACCAGCGCUCCCUUCCUCAUUUCAUAUAUAUCCUCCAAAGCCAGGAAAAAGAAUGCAUCUGUCCCUGUUCUAAUGCAGCAGCUGCUGAGGGAGCCUCAUAAAUCCUCUGAGAACAUCUUUCCUUAAAUCUGCACCAUCACAAUUUCAAAUUAAUUGAUUUGAGAUGAGCACAGCAAUAACAUACUCUCUUUAUGUUGUAUAUGAUAUUCUAUAUUGCAAGUUUUUGCCCUAUUUGGGAUUGUAGCACUCACAAAAGCUUUGUAAGAAAAGUCAAGCAAGUAUUAGUAACGAUGUUUUAUAAUGUGAGACCAGGUUUUUAAGGAAGAUGAGUGACUUGCCCAGGGAGACAGAGCUCUGAGCAUUGACAAGUGCUUUCUGUUUUGACUCUCUGGAAGAAGUAAGGGUAACUAGUGCCAUGCUCUCUUUGAACUCAUACCCAAUGUAAGGAGAUUGUAAAAGAGGCUGAAUCACCUAGAGAGUUUGGAUUUAGCCCAGAUCUGUCCCCUUUAUCUUUUAUCAUCAAAGGUAGACUUUAUACACAGACUUGUAUCUAUUGUCAUUUUCUUUGUAUCUGAGAGGAGGUGGGAUUACUUUUGUGCAUUCAUUUUGCCUCUUAAUCCUUAGGGUUGCAUUCAACUGGCCAAAUGGGGACAUUAUUAGCCCAUUGAUUCUAGAUGCCUUCUGACCUUUUCCCAGCUGUUUCUUUCACCAAAAAGAAAGCCAAGGAGAGGAGGAAAAUGGAAAAACAACUAUCUGCUUCUAUCCCACAUGAAUUAAAAAUGUCUAUCAUCCCUGGCCCCCAAUAAAUUUCAAUAGCACUCUCCAAUCUCCAAUCAUUGUGACAACCCAAGAAACCCUCAAGAAUUCCCAUAACUCUUCCUAGGAUAUAGUACUGCUUUCUUGAGGAUCACUGUAAUAAUAGAGGAAUCCAUCAUGCAAGUAGGACUUGAUCACCCAGUUGGAGGAAGAGCAACUGCAGAUGCUGGAUCUUCAGGGAGCUGAAGAGGGAAUUGCCUAAAAAUACCUGUCUAGAUAGGGAGAUUUGAACUGAACCAAAGCAUCAACGUCAAUCAUGCUGUUUCUGAAGAAUUAGAGUUUUCAGGGUCAGCAAUGGAAAGUCUCAGAGGGAAUACUGCUCAGGGUCCUACAAAUGAAGAAGCUUAUAAAGGUGAGGGCCAGUUAUCAAGGUGGACAAAAUGUCCUGCACAGAAGAAAUCAUCUUUUGAGAAAAGAACAAUCAGAAAAAUGUCAAUGACGCUCAAAGAAAUUUUCACUGGGGAGAGAGGUCCUGAAUCCAGUGAAUUUAGUCUAAGUUCAAACCUUGAUAUACAACAGAAAAUUCCAAAAGGAGAUAGAUCUCCCAUAUGUGGGAAAAACUCCAAAGACAUUUCAGAUUUAAUUAAACACCAAAAACUCUUCCCACAAAGGAAACUUUAUAAAUGCAAUGAAUGUGAGAAAGCCUUUGGUUACAAAUCAGAUCUUCUUGUCCACAGUAGAAUUCAUGGUAGAGAAAAGCCUUUUGAAUGCAACGACUGUGGGAAAACUUUCAGCCGAAGUACACACCUUAUUGAACAUCAAAGAACUCACACUGGAGAGAAACCGUAUGAAUGCAGUGAAUGUGGAAAAGCUUUUAGUCGGAGUACACAUCUUAGUCUACAUCAGAGGAUCCACACUGGAGAAAAACCAUAUGAAUGUAGUGAAUGUGGAAAAGCCUUUAGCCGAAGCACUAACCUUAGUCAACAUCAGCGAACUCAUACUCAAGAAAAGCCUUACAAAUGUCAUGAAUGUGGUAAAGCCUUCAGUGACCGCUCAACCAUAAUUCAGCAUCAGCGAAUACACACUGGAGAGAAUCCCUAUGAAUGCAGUGAAUGUGGAAAAGCUUUCAGUUGGAUCUCAUCUCUUAUUGAACAUCAGAGAACACACACUGGGGAAAGCCCCUUUGAGUGCAGUGACUGUGGGAAAGUGUUCAGUCGAAGCUCAUCCCUUACUGAACAUCAGAGAAUCCACACUGGAGAAAAGCCCCAUGAGUGUAGAGAGUGUGGAAAGGGCUUCAGUCGGAGCUCAUCCCUUAUUAUUCACCAGAGAACUCACACCGGAGAAAAGCCUUAUAAAUGUAAUGACUGUGGGAAAGCCUUCAGUCAGAGUUCAACUCUCAUCAGACAUCAGCAACUUCACACUAAAGAACUUCGUGAAACUUAUACCUGCUGGCUUUGACUCUCACCAAUCUAGGAAAGGUGAUCUCUCAAGGACAAAGCUAGUCCUACUGCUCAGUCCUUUUCCUACUUGACAUUUGAAGAGUUGGCACUUUUGGCCACUGUUAAGCCUUAAAACUUGAGCUUAUUUAGGAUCCAUGAUUCUCUGCUGAUCCACACUUUUCCUACCUCGCAACACUUCUCUGAUUAAUAAUGAUCAGCUUUGUGAUUUGGGGCAAAGGUUAGAUUAGAAUAAUCUCAUUUUACAAGGUUAUAAUACUUGAUGUAAUACAACUGGAUUAUAAGCUUCUUAAAGACAGAAAUCUUAUUUUUGAUUCCCAUAAAAACAUCACAAAAUGCUGAGUGGACACUAAAUGUCCUGUAAUUAUUACUUGCUGAUUCCGCUUUAUCCACUGUAACCAGUCUGCUAGACUUUAUUUGAAAUGGCUUAAUAAUUGGUUACUUUUUAUUUCUGCUGCUGCCAAGUUCUUGGUACCUUGGGCCUAGAUUACUAAAUGUAUUGUUGUUGCCUCUGUCUCCCUGUCAUUAUCUAGCUCCUUACUAAACUACCACUUUGUUCAAAAAUAGUCCAGUUUCCCAGUGUCCUCAAUAAAAAUUUCAAGGCAUUUCACAGUUGGAUAUAUUUAUUUACUUUCUAUCACUUCCCAAAACAGAGACAGUGCAUGGUGGGCAGGCCUGUCCUUUGUCCGUACUAUACCUUUUUCUCAUACUUGGUUUCUUUUUAGACUAUUACAUGGCACCCUUUUCCACAUCCUAUUUUCUUCUUUCCAUCUCCAGAAAUCCUACACUUUUUAAAAAGUCCUGCUCAUGUCCUGCCUCCUCUGUGAUACUUUCAGUCCCUUACCUUGUUAGAAAUCCUUUGUAGUAAUUGUUUACAUUAUCUCCUACAUCAGACACUUUUCUGUUUUCAGGUUCUUUUUUCCAUAAGCUGUUUUGAGUUGGAAAUCAUCUUAAAUCUGUUAAAAGCCCGAUCUAACACAUAGUACAAUGCAGGCUUGGACUCUAUUUUAAUUGAAACUAAAAGGCUUUAACAGUAUAAUCUCUUUAGUCUUUUGAAUGGUGAGGUAACCUCAUAGAUAUUUUGGCCCAUUUUGUCCUGCCUUGAAUUAUAUAUAUAUAACUAACUCUUUAGAUGAAUUCCUUUUGAGCUCCUGGGAUGCUGGCCCCUUGGCGAUCCACUUCAUGAGAUUGUUAUAAGAAAUAAGUGAGUUUAUCCAUUAAAGUGAUAAAAGGGUGUCUGACAUAUAGUAAAGGCUCAAUAAAUGCUAAUUGUUAUGAUUCCAGUGCUUCACAUCUGCCUGUAGGCUUUCAUUUCAUCCUCUGCAGGGUCUGUAACUCCAUUACCAGAAAUGGAAAACCAGAAUAAUAAUCCAGUAAAUUAGAAGGGAGUAAAUAUUCUAUAGCAUGAGGAACCUGAAAACAUAAGUCAUUUUGCUGAACAAGUUCUAAGGAGUAUUCUACGAUUUGGGCAAUUGCAGCUCCUACUAUUAAACAUUUUAGAUAUGCCACGGCUACUGGAUCCAAUUGCAGGCUCUAAUACGCUACCGGUCUGUUCUUCCUCCAUUUUCCUGAGUGUGGAUAUCUAAAGCCUGAUUAUUUCUUUCAGGGACAAGGAAUGUGAAGGAUGUAGAAUAGUUGGGGAAUCCUAAUGUGGGUGAAUUUUGCAAAGCCCAUUUAAGUUCAGUAAAGGCCUCCUUGUAUUUUGUUUUCUAAGGACAAGAUUCCUGAGUGCUAUUUUUAGUUAGUUCAAAGAGUGGAGAAGCCAAUAAAGAACAAUUGGGUACCCAGGACAUGCAAUUAUUUUGCAAGCUCAAGGAAUCUUCUGAGUUAUCUCUUAGGUAUAGGUCUAAGAUAAUACUAGAUAGUAUUUAAUCUUUCUGGAGACAGAAAGAUUCCUUUUUUAGAUAAAUCAUGACCCAGAUAAUGUACUGCCUCUUGUAAAAAUUAAAGCUUAUCCUCAGAGGCCUUAUGGUCUUUAUGAGCUAGUUAUAACAGAUAAGAGUCAAUUUCUGAGUCCUCUUUAGAAGAAGAACAAAGAAGCAAAUUGUCUACAUAUUGAAUCAAGGUAGAAUUUCUGGGAAAUACAGGGUUUUAAAAUCCUGCUAUAAAACUUGUGAAAAAUAUAAGGAAACUUCAUUAAAUCCCUGAGGCACUACUAAGUAUACUAUUCAUUUUUCUAAGUAAAAGCAAACAAAUAUUGAUAUUAUUUAUCUACAGAAAUAAUAAAAAAGGUAG